CCGGGUUCAGGACCACAGCGAUAAGGUGUGUUGGUCAGCCGGGAUGAGCACUGCGCUGUGGAGUCACCCUGCUCGCGCGGACACCUUGCGGACCCGCCCUCGACCUCGACGCGCCCGACUUCGACGCACCCCUCGGCCCUCUCCCUUUCCCCUACCGGCACGGUGGCUCAGUCGGGAGCCCUUGCGCGUUCGAAUCGCGGCCCUGUCAUUAUGCGCAUACCCUCUCCGUUCGUGUAG